UUCUAUUUUUUUUUAAAGUGAUUAUAAGUUACAAACAUGUCAAACUCGCCUGAAGACCAGCAGGUUCUGGACCAAUUAGUCUACAGAGUCUGUCGUGCCUUUUACGAACCGAAAUAUAUCGUGGUGAUGGAUGUGAUCAAUAAAAUGAAGCAGGUCAAGGAUGAAGAAUUGGCCGCUACCUUGAAGCUAAACAAGCGUGAGGUUCAUAAAAUCUGUGGCAAACUCAAGGAAGACCGUUUAAUUAAAGACUUGAUGAAAAUGGAGGCACGGAAACCUGAUCAGCGUCCCAUUCCAAAUACCUACUAUUAUCUUGAUUAUAAAUUGUUUGUCGAUGUAGUCAAGUACAAGAUUCACAGGAUGGGUAAGGAGCUUGAUGCUACUUUGUCCAAGGCCGAGGUAGAAAAUGCAGGACUCAAGUGCCCUGCAUGUUUAAAUGCCUUCGCUGUAGUAGACGUUAUGCACCUCCUUGAUGAAUCAAGUCAAAAGUUCAUGUGCCCUAACGACGGAUUCAUUCUGGAUGAAGAAACUGUUGAGGAUGAUCAGGAAGGACAGGAGGCAAAGACAAAACUGCGCGAGAACACGAAGCCAAUCGUCGAUCUUCUCAAGUUGACAGAUAAUAUUGUGAUUGAGCAAUACACAGAGAGCAUGGCAUCCAAGAAGGCUGCUGCACGGACUCAUGACGACGAUGAUCUGGCGUUCGCAGAGGAUGGCGGUCAACAGCAAGGAGAGAUCCAAGUGGUAUUCCAGGAUGAUAAUGACAAGGCUGCUAAGAAGGCACGUGAAAAUGAGGCAAACAAGAAAAGACAACAGAAUGCAGUGCCUUUAUGGCAUGCUUGGUCGACUGUUUCUGGAGAAAUGACAACUUUGGGAGCAGCUGCAGCAAAACUUCAAGAAUUGCCAGCCGAUGGUGCAGAUGCAGAUGAGAACGAAGAUGUAGAAGAUGACACAGAACGUGACGAUUACUACAAACAGUACUACGAGAACCUUGCUGUUUCACAGGAACAUGCUGAUGAAGAAUCAUUUGAGACGCUGGAUACUACUAAUGAUAAUGGCAAGAGGCCACUGGAAGAUGGCCAAUACAGUUCUGGAAAACGAUAUAAAACUGAUGACGAGCCACCUGAAGUAGAGGACGGUGGCGAAGAGGAAUUGUAUGAAGGGGGCGAUGAUGAGGAACCGUUGCCUGAUGUGUAUGUUGCAGGUGUCCUUGUUCCACUGCUGGAAGUUACUGAAGAACAUCAGAGUCAAAUGACGCCGGACGAAUACCAAAGGUACUAUGAUAUUUGUCAAAGGUUCCAGGGGUAAUUGGUCUCCCCCCCUCCCUCUUCGCUUGCUACUUUGAGUGCUACUCUAGGCCAGUUCAGAUGGGGGACUAUGGUUUCUGCAUCAUCGAUAAUAAUAAAGAGCAUCAACCC